UAUACUCUGAAGUCCCCACCCCGGGUGACGUCACGGCCCCGCCCCGGCUCCCGGUGAGCGGCGGACCUAGUCUGCAGGCUGUAUGUGUGAGCAGUAACCGGGGAGCCUGGGCAGUAAUCGGUUGGAACCUUUGCCGCUGCCGCCAUGGCGGUCAUCCCGUGCCGGGUACAAUACCUGGACGACAUGGAUCCUUUUAUCUGCACUAACUUCCCGGAGCCGCGGAGACCCCCGGUGUAUAACUUCCCGGAGACUGCCCCGCUGAUCGAGCAGCUACCGGCAAUACACAAACUACUGGAGGCCCCGCUCAAGCUGGAAGAUUGCACCCUACAAUUAUCCACCAACGGGAACUAUCUGGACAUAGAGCUCUCCCUGGCCGAGCAGCGGGACUAUCUGGAAGCCUUCUUUGAAGACAUAAGUAAAGGCAGACGACCCACUCUGAUCCUCCGGACGCAGCUGCCAGUGAGAGUCCAUGCGAUUCUAGAAAAAUUAUACAACUCCAAUGGUCCCGAGUUACGGAGGUCGCUCUUCUCUCUCAAGCAACUUUUCCAGGAAGACAAAGAUCUGGUUCCAGAGUUUGUGAGUUCAGAGGGACUGACAUGUCUUAUUAAAGUUGGAGCUGAGGCUGACCAAAACUACCAAAACUACAUUCUUAGAGCUUUGAGUCAGAUCAUGCUCUUUGUGGAUGGUAUGAAUGGAGUGAUAAAUCACAAUGAGACGGUUCAAUGGUUGUACACGCUCUGCGGCAGUCCGUACCGCCUGGUAGUAAAGACUGCCCUGAAACUGCUGAUUGUAUUUGUGGAGUACACAGAAUCCAAUGCCCCUCUUCUUAUCAAAGCCGUGAAUAUUGUGGAUCAGAACCGGGGUACCAGCCCAUGGUCAAACCUCAUAGAUAUUCUGGAAGAGAAGAAUGGGGCGGAUUCAGAGCUGCUUGUAUUUGCUAUGACACUCAUCAACAAGACACUGGGGGCUCUCCCAGAUCAAGAUUCCUUCUACGACGUAGCAGACUGUCUGGAGCAGCAGGGGAUGGAGAAGCUCAUCCAGCGGCACAUGAACAACAAGGGGACAGACCCAGACCUUAAGCAGCGUCUGGCACUGUAUGAGAGUGCUUUAAGAAUGGAGGAUGAUGACAACGAGGACUCGUCUAGCUGUUCCCGCAAGGAUCGUAGGAAAAAUUCCCUGGGGGUAGAAGAGGUUCGGCGCUCAAGACGCUCCCUGGGCAACAGUGCAGAAGUAUGGGCAAAGAUCAACAACAACACCACCACCACCACCACUACGACAAUAAAAACCCCUAUUGAGAACAGCAUUAACCUGCAAAAUGCGGCUAAACCAUGUACAGUGCAGAAGCCAACAUUAUGCAUUGUGCCACCUUCUCCACCAAAACAGCCGCCAUUUGAGAAGGUGGAACCUCCCAGCCCUCCAAGCUGUAUCAGGGAACAGAAAGUGGAGCUGCCAAACCCUGAAGUGACAAGCAGUAAGCAGUCAAGCCCUGAGAGCAAUGGCACACACAGCAGCGCUGCCAAUAUCUCCUUGUCCAGAUCUGCACCAGAGGUGGACAAGGCCUCUGUAGUCAGUGACCGGAGCAUAUUCAAAAACCGAUUUCUGGAGAAUCUGGCAGCCACUGAGUUGGAGAAGAUGUCGGCCUUGUCCAAAGGUCGACAGGAAGUGUUGGCAGAGGCUGUACGUGGCCUCGAUGAUGACGCUUCCUCUGAGCAGCAUGCAGACACGGCUGCUGUGGAUGAGUUUAGCAGCCAGGAGGAUGGAAAAGGGGAUCUGAGUGAGAAGGAGGAGAAAAAUGACAGUGUGAAUGAGAAAGAAUUAUGCUCGGGGUCCAGCGAUUCCUCUGCCAGCAGCACUUUGGAGAGAGAGGAAAAAGGAGACCGAGAGGAGCCUGAAUCAGAACCAGCAAGUCCUGGUAGCACCCCUCCUCCAACCACUGACCACAGCAGCUCUAAGAAGUUCAUGCUGGACAUGUUGUAUGCUAAAAAACAGAAUGAUGCAGAUACAGAAAUUUUGAAUGUAAACAAUGCAGCUUCUACCGAUCCAGGGAAGCCACCGAGAGACACAAGAUCUCUUGCAGCCAGGACGGAAAUCUACGAGUCUGAAACUUCUCCCACCAAAGUGCCCAUAGAAAACACAUCAGACUCUCGGAAAGUUGUGAGGGCUCAGUACAGCAUUGAUGCAGAAACCAAUGCCAAAAACCUGGAAAAGACCCUCAUGACCCCCUUUAAAAAACCUGUUGAGACCCUGUGGGAGCAAACUCCACCCCCACCACAGAUAGACCUAAAAAUUAAAGACUUGGACUUCACAGACUUGUGUGAGGAGGAGGAUUUUGAUGUCCUUGAUUUUGAGGCCACAGAAACCGUUGCACCUUCCCGAUUGUCCAAUGUAAAUCAUUCUUCUCCACUGGCCAUUUCAGGACUUCCCCUUCCACCCCCUCCUCCACCACCACCACUUGGCAGUUGUCCUGGAUUUCCGUUACCCAUCCCUCCACCUCCAGGGUGUCCUCCACUCCCACUGGGAAGAAGCCCCCAUUUUCCCCCACCCCCUCCUGCACCUCCCAGCUUUAACAUCAUCACACAGGACUCACAGGACACAACUAUAAACAAGAAGAGGAAAACGGUAAAGCUGUUCUGGAAGGAGGUAAAGGAGACUGACUGCAACAGUCGGGGGAAGUUUGGCAAAGGCACUUUGUGGGAGUCACUAGACAAGGUCACUGUGGACACUGAGAAACUUGAACAUCUUUUUGAGUCUAAAGCCAAAGAACUAAUUUCUUCCAAGAAAGGGGUUGAUGUAAAGAAACAAGCUCUGGUUGUGUUAGACCCCAAGAGAAGCAAUGCUAUCAACAUUGGUCUUACAGUUCUUCCCACAGUCCACAUUAUCAAGACGGCAAUCUUAAAUUUUGAUGAGUACGCCAUCAAUAAAGAGGGUAUCGAGAAAAUCCUUACAAUGGUUCCAACAGAAGAGGAAAAGCAGAAGAUCCAGGAGGCUCAGAUUGCAAACCCUGAUGUCCCCUUGGGAUCGGCUGAACAAUUCCUUCUUACCUUGUCCUCUAUUAGUGGGCUGACAUCCCGACUCCAACUCUGGGCCUUUAAGUUAGAUUAUGAGACCAUGGAGAAGGAAAUUGCUGAUCCACUAUAUGACCUGAAGCUGGGAAUGGAGCAACUAUCAAAGAAUAGGACGUUUAAGGUGAUCCUGUCCUCUCUCCUGGCAGUUGGGAACUUCUUGAAUGGGUCAAAAGCAAAGGGCUUUGAUCUCAGUUACUUGGAGAAGGUCUCAGAGGUUAAGGAUACAGUCCAUAGACAAACACUCCUUCAUCACAUGUGUAACAUAGUGAGUGAGAAGUUCCCUGACACCUCUGACCUGUAUUCUGAAAUUGCUGCCAUCACUCGAUCAUCCAAGGUGGAUUUCGAUGACCUGGCAGACAGUCUGGUGCAGCUUGAAAAGAGGUGUCGGGAAUCAUGGGAGAGUCUUAAAGUAAUUUCCAAACAUGAAACAAAACCAGGAUUAAAGAACAAAAUGACAGACUUCCUAAAGAGCAGCACCGAUAAAAUAGUCAUCCUGAAAAUCGUACACAGGAGGAUUCUUAACCGGUUUCGGUCCUUCUUGCUGUAUCUGGGCUAUUCCUACUCCUCUGCCAGGGACAUGAAGAUAACAAGAUUCUGCAGAAUUAUCAGUGAAUUUGCACUAGAGUACAGGACAGCACGGGAGAGAGUGCUGCAGCAGAAACAAAAGAGAGCUGCGUACCGAGAACGGAACAAAACACGAGGAAGGAUGAUCACUGAGACCGCAAAGUUCUCUAGUGCUGCUACAACACCACCACCAGUGACAGAGAACAAUAUAACAUUUACUAGCAACAGGUUACAGACGCAGUCAUCUGAGGAGGGACAUGAAAAUAUGACCAAUAUACUGAUCUCAUCUGGGGAGCCCAACAACCGCAGGAGCCGCGGAGUCCGAAGUUUAGGCCGGGCCAGCCCUCCAGACCUAUCAGGAAAUAAAGAGGAGCAAGGAGGAGCCCCUGUAGACACUUCUGAUGAGAUCAUGGAUAGACUGGUCCAGUCUGUGACCCAGAACCCAAACCCAAGAGUAGCAGCCCCCAAAGAACGGAAGAGAUCAAGAGCCAAUAGAAAAUCUUUGAGAAGAACUCUCAAGAGUGGUUUGAGUGAUGACCUGGUUCAGGCGCUGGGACUGUCUAAAUCAUCAGAGGUGGCUGUAUAAGUGACAUCUGCAUAGACUGCUUACGCACUAGUCCGCUGCCCCCUGUGGUGGGAUACGGAAUGGCAGCCCACAAAGGGAGUCCAAAUUGCAUGGUACAACUGGACAAUGAAUGGAGCAGAAAACGGCACUAUAUGGGACUGCAUUACUUUACUGUCACCUUCAACAGGAGACUUUCAAGGAAGAAAUCAAUGUUACAUUACAGGCAGUGUCCGUCCAUCUGCCAGCAGAUCUGCCUCCAGGACUGCAGUCUACAUUGCUAAUAUCAAUACUAUCCAUUUGCAGUAACCACUUCUCUGAUCUCUGGCUUCUAGCACUACAAGGGAGGGCAGGCACAUUUCUUUCUCUGUACACAGAACUGCUCUCAGUUUACAGUUGUGGCUGCAAACAGCACAAACUAUCAUGAACGUUAUAUGUCCCUCACCAGCAGUGACUGUAAUAGACUUUAAAAUAUAAAGUUCACAAAUGGCCGACGAGUAACUGCAAACCAGGUUCAGCUCUGUCCACAUGUGCAGAAAACAGCCCCAUAUUGGGCUCAGAGUUCCAUAGGGCAGUGUUAUCAUGCAGCAAGUCUGGAUUACACACAUGUAAAGCCUGAGUACAUUUCCUACAGUCACUAUUAUACCUAACCAGCUGAUGGAGACCAAGGAUCAACAAUAUAAUUAUUACCUUCCAAUCUAUAUAGCACUCAGACACGGCUUGAUAUUUUGGGUAUGAUGAAUGUAAUAUAUGGCUCCACCUAGUGGUCGACCCUUUUGCACUUCCCAUUCUUUGUAACUUUACAAGCUGUUUCUCUGGUAAGUGCAGUCAUUCUCCUAAAGCAUCAACCAUGUAUGAUCUCAAUUAGUCGUCCUGUGUAGUUAAUCUUUAAAUUUGCAUACAAAAUAUCCCUUCCCACCCAGAUUUGACAUAUGCACGCCAGCAUUAUGCUUGCAGUUACAGCUUUUGAGCUGCCUGUGUCUCCUUCUACUUGAAAUAACACAUUUCUUGUGCAGAGGAGAUCAGGUCACAUCCUAUUUAUACCAUCUAAUGACUGGUGGCACUGUUAUUACAUGGGCAGCGGAGGCCACCCGGUCUCCUCCCUCCCAUAACACUGCUCAUUUUCCUUGCUGUGACUGGAUGAAUCAGUGCUGCUAAUAUAAACCCGCUCACAUGGCCUGGUAUAUUUAUCUGUUUCACGCCCUCCUAAACCACUGUCAAGAGCUCCCCACUCCUUACACUGAGAUCAUGGCCUAUAAAGAGUCCCAUAAAACCACUGAUCCCCCUCACUGUGGUUCUAAUCUGUGUAUAAUGAACAUGCAGCUGCUCUGUAGGCGGUGGACCAUGUAGGGGUUAGUCUGGUGGGUACAUUCUGACUAUUUGAAAACCCAUGAACUGGACAGGUGGGGUGGCCUCUUGGUAAAUUGCGUAGAAGGAGAUUCUGUAUAUCAGGGCCCGGGAGCACCCUGAAAACUCAGAGACCCACUCAUAGUUCGAUCUAUGUUUACUCUGAAACGGCAUAGCCAUACAUGGUGCAUCCUUGAUCACUAUGUUAAGGGACCCUGUCAAUGUUUCAUGCUGCCUGUGUUUUGAAAAGCUUGAAACUAGUCACAGGUUCCCAUUAAAGACAAGACAAAUUGUAAGAGGGUGGUAAGGGGGCAUCACUUUUACAAAUAGAGGCCUGGACAGCUCUCUACGAUGUAUCUCUAUGGCUGCAAUUUUCUGGGUUUCUGAGUGCUAGUAAAACAAUUUCCUUCCAAUUCCCAAGCCUCUAUCGCUUCCGCACAACCAAAUCUAGAUGGUACAAACUCACAACCCCUAGCCCUCCUCCAGUGAGUGGUAUGCUGUCUGCAAAUUGCACAAAAUCUUUCUUCCUAACUCGGCCAUACAUAUGCUUUCCAGUCUUCCAUAAUCCACCUACUGAAUGCACCUUCAGACCAUCUCCUGGAUUCCACUCAUAAUGCCACAUACUGCACAUAAAGGGUUAACACACUAGGAAUCCUGGGUAAAGUUUAUAUUUAAUGUAUUUUAACAGUCACCUAUAUAUUUAUUUUUUAAAGGGCUUUAGUCAGGAGACAUUUUAGUGCCUUGAUCUGUGGAAAAUAGCCACUCCUGUGGUGUUUUUAGUGUAGAUUUGGGGGAAUUUUGUAAUGAAGAAAGUGGCUUCUGAAAUGUGCCGAGCGACCUGCCACGCUGACAUCCCGGUCGUCUGUAGCACCACGCAGUCAUUUUGUGCAGUUCAUAGAGAGUGAUGCACAAGUUCUGAACAGUAUUAUGAAGUCAUUGUACCACUGUCUAUAAAGUCACCGCAUAGGGAAUGUCAUUUCUUGUAAACAUUGUUUUUGUUUCUUCAAUAAAAUUGAUGAAAUAUCUUA